CUCUUUCCAUCCAUGACGCCCAUGUCCACCACUGGACUUGUUGUUGUCGUGCUAGCAGCUACUGUAGCCCUCCUUGCGCCACCGUCCAUGGCCUCGGUGACCACCCUCUGGCCACAGCCGCAAAACGUGAGGUCAGGGACGGAUUCUGGAGUGACGCUGGCCAAGGAGUCGUUCAAGAUGGUGGCGGCGCCCGGGUGCGUGUCGUCGGCUCUGCUGUCGGGAGCCAUGGAGCGAUACAUGGACAUUGUGUUCGACUUUGGUGCUGGUGGUGCUGCUGCUGUUGGCGCUGAGGCGCCGGGUUCUGACUUUAGUACCCUCAGCGUGCUGGAGGUGUGCGUGGCGUCGUCGGAUGAGAGCCUCGGGCUGGAGACAGACGAGACGUACAAGCUCGAGAUCGAUGGGUCGGCCACGGCGAGUCUGCAAGCUGAGAGCGUGUACGGAGCCAUGCGUGGGCUGGAAACCUUUGCGCAGCUGGUGGAGUACGGAUACACCAACGAUAGCUAUGCCAUCGCGGCGACGCCGAUUACCAUCGGCGACUCGCCGGCUUACCCUUGGCGCGGCCUGCUGGUGGACACGGCGCGGCACUACAUGCCUGCCGACUUUCUGCUCCACGUUCUCGACGCGAUGGCAGCCAACAAGCUCAACGUCCUGCACUGGCACAUUGUGGACGCGCAGUCGUUUGGCUUUGUUGUCGCCGAGUACCCGGAGCUCUCCAAGUACGGCGCAUGGCACCCGACGGCCAUCUUUACCCAGGCCGAGAUCGCGGCUGUGGUGGCGCACGGCAAGAGUCUCGGCAUUCGUGUGGUGCCCGAGUUUGACGGGCCCGGCCACGCGGCGGCAUGGGGAGCGGCGCCGGACCUGUUCGACGUUGUGGCGCAUUGCCCGGCGUACGAACACAACAUCAACAACAUUCCGCUCAACCCGGCGUCGAACGUGACGUUUGACGUCCUCGCGGCCGUGUACCAGGCGGCAGCCAAGGUCUUCACCGACGACUUUCUGCACAUCGGCGGCGACGAAGUGGUGCAGGGCUGCUGGACCGACGACCCGACGAUUGCAGCGUGGAUGCGGGAGCAUAACCUCAACACCAUCCAAGUCUACCAGCUGUUUGAGAACGCGAUGCACGCCAUCGCGCGCACGCCGGCAGUCAACAAGUCUGUGGUUGUGUGGGAGGAGGUGUUUGACAACGCUCUGCACAUUCCGAUGAACACCAUCGUCGAGGUGUGGAAGUCGGCGUCGGUGCUCAAAGACGUGCUCGGCGCUGGCUACCGCGGCCUCCUCGCUGCGCCAUUCUAUCUCGACAAGCAGAUUCCGGGACUCGGACAGGGCGAGAACGUGCCGACGACGUCGUAUGAGUGGGUCGAUACGUGGAAGUCGUUCUACGGUGUCGAUAUGACCGCCAACCUCACGUCGGCCGAGGCCAAGCUGCUGCUUGGCGGCGAGGGCGCGAUGUGGGCCGAGCAGGUCAUGGACACCAACUUUGACUCGCGGGUCUGGCCGCGCAACUCGGCUGUGGCCGAGCGGCUCUGGUCGUCGCCGCUGGUCAACGACCCGGUCGCUGCCACCCCGCGGCUUAAUGCCCAGUCGUGCCGCAUGCAGCGCCGCGGCAUCAUGUGCGGCCCCGUUGCACCGUCGUUCUGCCUUCUGCCCUCGGACGUCAACCGCCACCCCCUUUCGGCGUAAACCCGCACCCGAUGUUCA